UCCACAUUUCUAGAAAUUAUUUUUCAGCUGGAGCACCAUUUUGAGAUAGACAGGCAGACAGGCAGGAAGACAGGCAGGCAGGCAGGCAGGCACACAGACAGGCAGACAGGAAGACAGACUCUGUGACUGAUGGGCGUUCUCAGAAGAGGUUCCAGCACUUCCCUUAAUCCUCCCCCCUCUUUAAACAGGAGAGCAGCCCCCACCUCCAGAGGUGCCAGGACGUGCACAAAGCCAGACGCAGCCAUGUGGUCCUCCUGUGUGCUGAUCCACGCUAUCUUGGUGUGCCUUGCCCAUGCAGGGAUCCCUCAUGAUGCCAUCCACUGGACCUACACGGAGGGAGCUUUGGACCAGAUGCACUGGCCCACCAAGUACCCGGCGUGUGGGGGCAGGAAACAGUCCCCAAUUGACAUCCAGAGACGCAGCGUGAGACACAACCCCGAUAUCUUGCAGCUGGAGCUCAGUGGAUACGACGCUCAGAGGGGGACUUUCCUCAUGUCCAACAACGGCCACUCAGUCCAAAUCGACCUGCCCCCCACCAUGAAGAUCACCAAGGGCCUGCCGGGGAAAUACACCGCUGUUCAGAUGCAUCUUCACUGGGGGGGCUGGGACCUGGAGGCCAGCGGAGCAGAACACACCAUCGACGGCAUCCGCUACAUGGCAGAGCUCCAUGUGGUCCACUUCAAUUCAGACAAGUACAAGAGCUUCACUGAGGCCAGAGAUAAAUCAGACGGGCUGGCGGUGCUGGCGUUCUUCUAUGACGACGGCCAUUUUGAGAACACCUACUACAGUGACUUCAUCUCCAACCUGGCCAAAAUCAAAUAUGCAGGUCAAUCCAUGAACAUCUCCAGCCUGGAUGUGCGCUCCAUGCUUCCGGAGAACAUGAACCAUUUCUUCAGGUACCAGGGGUCCCUCACCACGCCCCCCUGCUAUGAGAGCAUCUUGUGGACGGUGUUCGAUACCCCCAUUACUCUUUCACAUAACCAGAUCAGGAAACUGGAGAGCACACUGAUGGACAUCGACAACAAGACCCUCUGGAACGACUACCGCGUCGCUCAGGACCUUAACGACCGAGUGGUGGAGUCGUCCUUCUUGCCGCGGCUCGGGAAAGGAACGUUUUGUCGACAAGAAGAAAUCGAAUCCAAGCUGCUGAAAAUCGAAGGCCUGAUCACGUCUCUUGGGAAGAACGUGUACUCAGGUGAGGUAGUACACAAGCUCACUAGGAGGACCACAGCACUCACGCCCAAGCAAACACGAACCUGCAGCUUUGUUCCCUUUGGUGCUCAACUUCCAGCCAGAGAACCUUGGAAGUUAUGCAAAAGCCCACCUGGGCCGGCCCACGGAUCUGGACUCCUUCACGGUCUGCAUGCACGUGUGGCCGGCGGUGGAGGGGUCCCACACGGUCAUCUCCUCCUCCAGCAGCAGCGAGCAGCACAAGGAGCUCCUGAUCUCCAUCAGCGAGGACCGAGACGGCAGGGAGGUGGGCCUCUGGAUUGGCAACGAGUUCGUCAACUUGCCCUUCAACUUCCAGUCCCACAGUUGGGCCAACUAUUGCGUCACGUGGUCGUCCCGCACUGGGGGUGCGGAGCUGUGGAUCAACGGCAUGGUGGGGGAGCGGCGCUACCUCAAAAGUGGUUACACCAUCAGCUCCGGGGGGGUGUUCAUCCUGGGAAACGACCAAGAGGGAAUGCUGGGCAUCUCCAACAUGGAUGCCUUCGUGGGGAGGAUGACGGACGUGAACGUGUGGGACUACGCGCUCAGCACGGCGAACAUUCGGGACCAGAUGUCAUGUGAGAGGAACGUCACGGCCCAGGGAAACGUCUUCAGUUGGGGGUCCACCAAACUCAGCCUCUACGGGGGGGUGCAGCUGGACAGUCAGUACAGAUGCUCCUGAAGGACGCGUCCACCUCGGUGAUGCUCCCGCUUCAUGGCGUACAUGGGAAUGUUUAAGGGUACUGUCCAUAUUUAGCAAGUAUUUAAUUGAAGUAUUUAGCAUACUUCAUGGAAGCUUCAGGAAUCUGCCAAUAAAGCAACUUUAAUGCUUCUACCA